UGUUGUUGACUACCGAUGCAUACGUAUUGCGCGAUAAGCAGUACCUUAGGAAGUUCGCAUGGGAGUAUCUUAUUGUUGACGAAGCUCAUCGGUUGAAGAAUCCUAAGUCCAAGCUUGUCCAAGUGCUGAACAAGUACAUUACUAAGAGGCGUUUGGCGUUGACAGGCACGCCGCUACAGAAUGACAUUCAGGAGGUCUGGGCUCUACUGAAUUUUCUUAUGCCGAGCAUCUUUGAUAAUUCGGAUUCCUUCCAUAACUGGUUUGCUGGUAGGUUGGCCUUGGGAAGAUUCGGAAUAGGUCUGUAA